UCAAGAGGGGUUUCGGGAUGUGUUUACGUGCCGUAAUUGAUGGAGAGCUUCUGAGCCAUUUUGAGUCACUCCUCAAUGAAUUGAUUAGAGUUUUAAUUGCAUUUAAAGUGAGUUUUAAUGAAAUUAUAAUCAAUUUGUAAUCAAUUUGUGUCCAUUUGUAUGCAUCACACCAUCGACUGAUCAGUAAAACCCACAUUGAAUCAUGUCUUCACUCCAACAACAGCGACGAGUUGUGGAACAGUUGCGCAAAGAAUCGCAACUCAAACGGAUGAACGUCUCGACGGCCAUCGAGGACUUGAAGAAGUAUAUCUCGGACCACGAGAACGAUGACUACCUGUUGGUUGGUUUCCACUCCCAGAAGGCGAACCCCUUCCGCGAGAAGUCCUCGUGUUCUGUGCUUUGAUUCAUGUGUUGUCUAAGUAUUAGUGAAUGUUUUGUAUAAAGUAUUAGCAGUUUAUCAAUACAUAUAUUAUAUGAAUAUUAAUAUGAAUAAUCAUUUGAUUGAGUACUUGAGUACUGCCUAAGGCAGACAUCCGUUAAGUAAUACUAUUUACUCAUUGAUUCCAACACUAUAUCUAUUAUAUGGACUGUAUUUACAACUAAAUUGUUGACACAUUUCGGAGUUUUGUUUUCUAAGCGACA